AUGCAUAAUUUAAAGGCAUCAGAUAACCAUGCAAUAAAUCAACACCCAGAUUUUAUUGGAUCUGUUACUAACAAAAUGCACGACUGUGCCAAGUACUCUUUCAAAACUACCAUGAUGAAUCAUUUUAAAAACCAUUUGUUGAAACACCCUGAAACAAGGGCUGAAUAUAAACUCCUCACAUGUCCAUAUUGCAAUACAUCAUUUAAACGUAAAAUACCACGGGACGAAGAUAUAAUAAGGGACCAUCCAGACCAUGUUUCGUGUGUUACUAGCCAGAUACAUGAAUGUACACUAUGCCCAUUCAAAACUACUUUUAAACACUAUUUCAUCAGGCAUCUGGUGAAACAUCCUGAAGUGCCCGACAAUUCUAAACUCCAUAUCUGUACAGAAUGUAAUGCGUCAUUCAAAACCAAACUAAGAUUGAAUAAUCAUAUUAUUAAGGAGCAUCCAGGUUUUAUCUCAACUGUCAGUAACAAAAUACAUGAAUGUUCUCAGUGCCGUUAUAAACCUACCGUCAACUUUCAAUUUAGGAGUCCUUGUUAA